AGUCAGGUGCUAAAUGUUACACGUGAAGUGUUACCUCAAUAGUAAUCUGGGAGGUUUACGAAAUCUUUUAUAAAUCUUGUGUUGACCGCGUCGACUAUAGAUUUUGUGAAUUGAUUUUGACUUGAUAUGAAGUGAUAAGACUAGUUGUGCCUUUGAAGAUUACAGAAGAAUUUUGGCUCCAUCUACAUUCAGAAAAAGAAUGCCACGCUGUGUUUCGCUUCAGCAUUACAAUAUACACGGUGAAACUCCACCUCAAUCACCUUCUAGUCCAGCGAGUAGUCCGAAUGCAAGAAUUUCCUCCAGAAGUGUAAGUCCGUCGUCACCGAUAUCGCCGAUAACGAAUUCGAGGCACAGCGCCUUCUCACUAGUUCAUCCCAAAGAAACAAAUAUCAACGAAAACCAUUUGAAAUUAUGCGAAAUGCGAGCGCUGAUGUACGCGAACACUAUAAACCAGUUUGUGAAUUCUCCUUUUCCCGGUUACAUGUGGCACCCAACAGUUAUUCUCCCAUAUCCCCCAUCUGAAGCUCUAAGUCCGAAAAAUGCUUCGUUAGAUCCGCGAUUCGCUGAAAAAAUUAAACAAACCAUCUUACCGUUCGAAACUUCCUCCGAUUCAAGAAGUCCCGAUAAGACAACGCUGGAUCCUAGAUUUACUGAUAUCUUUAAAAGAGAUCAAGAAGUACCUCUUAAUUUAUCCCUUAAGGGUCGUAUUUGGUCUCCUGGAAGUUUGUGCGAACAAGAAAUGAAAGCAACCGAACUACGACCGGACUCCAAUGUCACUACUACUGUAAUCAGCCCAGUAAAAAUGGAAAAUAGAUGGAAAUGGGACAAUGAUAGGGAACUUCAUAAUAGUAGGAUACCAACGAUAGGCCCUUCCGGAGAAAAACAGUUCACGUGUCAGCAAUGUGGAAAAUCUUUCAAACGUUCCUCGACUCUCUCAACACAUCUUUUAAUACAUUCCGAUACCAGGCCGUAUCCGUGUCAGUAUUGUGGUAAAAGGUUCCAUCAGAAAUCCGACAUGAAAAAACAUACCUACAUCCAUACUGGCGAGAAACCACAUAAAUGCGUCGUGUGUAAGAAAGCCUUCAGCCAAUCGUCCAAUCUCAUAACGCACAUGCGCAAACAUUCGGGAUACAAACCGUUCUCGUGCGGUUUAUGUGUAAAAGCGUUCCAGAGGAAAGUAGAUUUAAGAAGGCAUAGGGAAACGAUGCAUCCUGACGUUCCGGAAGCCAUAUUGGCUAUGUACAAUAACAGAACAAACGAUGUUUCGUCGGACAAUGGAAAAGGUGAAGUUAGCAGUAGUAGUUGAAUUUGUCAUUUUCAAGACAAUUUAUAUCGUAAUAGGCCAUUUUUGACACUUUUACUGUAUUGUAUUUUUUUACGCGGGAAUUUUAAGUUGUCUCGUAGUAUAUAUGGAAAAUUUAGACUGUUACUUACAGGGUGCUAUUGUUGGAAUGUGAGGUUUUCAAAUAUGAUCUAACUGAUCUAAUAUACUUAAACACUAAGGUGGUUUUUUUAACGAGUGACAAGGACAAAUGGGUUGCUACCUUCUGUAUCUUAUGUUUUGCCCAUUAAAUUGAGUGGUCGAAAGAUAUUCAUCAUCAAACUUUCACCUGUCCAUAAAAUUGUAAAAUUUUCUAAUGACCAUCAAAAUUAUUUCUCUCCCUCUCUGUUGUUGUAUCAUUCAUUAUCAAAACAAAAA